AUGUUGCACAAGCUUCCAACGAUUCUCUCGCUUCUGCUCAUUGUAUCAUGCGUUGGCAUUGUGCUUGCUGCACCUAGACAGGAAGGACCGCCUUCUCAUCGUCCGCAGCGCGGUCCAAUCAGUCAAGUUCUUGACGCUGCCAGAGCUGCUCAGCUUGAGCGCCUCCGCGAGAUCCAGCGCGCCCAGCUGCUUCGAACCACGUUGACCAACAUUGAGCAGCUUUAUCAUCUACCGUCUGGCACUUUCGAUCCCACGCAUCUGUAUCAUCCCAGUCAACGUGGCGCCGUCACUGCGCAUCUUCAGCAUAGUACCACCAGGAUGCUUCCGGUGUCAACCUCGAGAGUCGACGGCAGCAUUCUGUUUGUGUCUCCAGCAUGGACGCGUUCAGACGAGAGUGACCCGGGCUACAUCAGUUUACUUCUAUUUCGACUUCAUCAGAAUGAGAACAGGAUUGUACCACUCGGAUUCACUCGAGUACGUUCAGAUUUGCACGCUGGAGCAAGCACAAGCUUUAUGGAUCUCGUCCAAGAAAGGGCAAGAGCCAGCUGGGCUACUUUGCAGAUCCUACAUGGAACUUUACGAAUUGAAGAUCCUUAG